AUGGCAGUGGAAGAACCAGAGAACCAAACUGAAAUCACAGAAUUAUAUUUGAUGGGAUUUGUAGGACUUGGGGAUCUGCAGAUUCCUGUCUUCUACCUCUUUUUACUUAUCUACCUUGUUACCAUGGUUGGGAAUAUCCUGAUCAUCUUGCUAGUUGUUACUGAUUCCCACCUUCAUACCCCCAUGUAUUUCUUCCUGGGUAGUUUUUCUUUCCUGGAAAUGUGCUACAGUUCUAAUAUCCUUCCAAUGAUGUUGACUAGUCUCCUUCAUGGUGGGAGAAAAUUAAUUUCUAUAACUGACUGCAUAAUACAAUAUUAUUUGUUUGGUGUCUUGGCAAUUGCUGAAUGUUGUCUCCUAACAGCAAUGUCAUAUGAUAGAUAUGUAGCAAUCUGUAAACCACUACACUACACAACAUUAAUGAAUGACAAAAUUUGCCUCCAGUUUAUAAUUGGAUCAUGGAUCCAUGGUUUAUUUGUUAUGAGCAUAGUUUUAUAUCUAAUGCACUUGUUAAAGUUGAAGUUCUGUGGGCCCACUGAAAUCAAUCACUUCUUUUGUGAAUUGAAUCCAAUAUUAAAGUUAGCAUGCAGUGAAACUCACUUGAUUGAAUUUGCAACUACUUUGUUAUCUGUCUUGUGCCUCUUGCUUCCUUUCUUCUUGAUUUUGGCAUCUUAUAGUUUUAUUAUUUCUACUGUCAUGAGAAUGUCAUCUGUCAGUGGAAAGAAAAAAGCUUUCUCAACCUGCUCCUCACAUCUUGUGGUGGUAUCCAUUUUCUAUAGCACAUUAAUGAUUGUCUACAUUUUGCCCAAAACAGAUAGCCUGAAAAGAAUCAACAAAAUUGUAUCUCUAUUUUAUACAAUUUUACCCCCUUUGUUCAAUCCCCUGAUAUACAGUUUACGAAAUAAGGAGAUAAUAGAGGCUUUUAGAAAAACAGUUGCUAAAUUGAAUGCCAUUGAAAGAAUAUACCACUGUAAUCUAGUAUGA